AUGGAGGAAGAGGAAUGGCAGCAGCCGCAGCGGAGAGACAGGUUAGGAAAGGAGACGAGCAUAGACGAUGGGGACGUCCACGACAAACGUGCACUCGAUGAGCACGCAGAAUAUCCCCUCCGGCUCUCUGUGCCUGCAGGUGCCCAGAUGCACGUGCUAAUCUCAUACGCGAAUGCGCUGUGCAUGCCGCAGCCGAUUGUCUGGGGUGCGGAGGGCACGAACGGGCAGCGCUCAUUCUGCCCGCUGCUGUACCAGGGUACAAAGCUCAAUCUGACGGACUUCCUCAUUCUUGCAACAUCGCACAACACGCUCCGUGGCUCGCUUCACUACUGCAUCUUGUUCAGUAACUACUUCGCGCCGCCUGAAGCGCUCGUAUUCGGCAAGACUGAGGAGCAGGCCUGCCAGGAGGUAGGACUAGGCGCGAACGAGGCGCUCGUGAAUAGCAAGGCUUUUGUUCGCAACUGGUCGAGCAACAUCCUCUUCUCCCUGCUGCUGACGCCCGCGAAGCUUGGCUCAUCCAUCGCGCUUCACCAGGAUCAACGCCGCGUCCUCCCUCGCCUGCCCCUGCCUACGGCCUCCCGUCCGCUUAGGUACACAUCCUCUUCGCCUUCUACGUGUGGUGCAACGCCACCGUCCACCCCAUCAACACCCGCGUGUUCGUCACCACCAUCAAGCGUGCCCGCCGGCGCGCCCCUCGCGACCCGCUCGCCUGUUCUCCUGCCCAACCCGCUUAACCGGCUUGCUCGCUCUCCCUGCUUGCCUGCUCUCCCUGCUCACCCGCUCUCCCUGCUCACCCGCUCACCCCGCUCGCCGUCACAUACCAGACAACGAGUACUUUAUUGGUGUUGUAGGCAUGCUCGAAUGUAUGACUCCGAGUUCCCGACGCACAAGAAGGUGCAUCACACGUACCGGGUACAGUUCCUCGAGGAGUCCGUCCUCGCGCGCAUCCUCGACAACUCAACGUCCAACAUGCUCAACACGUGCAUCAUUUUCAACCACAUUGACAUCAUCAACCACUUUCAGAGCAGCGUGCGCUUCCUUAACGAGAUCGUCGACCUCUUUGUCAACGCGGACGGGAGCAUGCGCGCGGAGGACCACAACGACCGGCUGGGGACUCUGUCGGGCGUCAAGGAGAAGGGCUCGAUGAACGUCGACGCGCGCACGCCGUCGCUCGGGCUGCAUCCCGCCUUACCGCGCAGCGCUGGCGCGCGGUGUCCCUACAGCAGCAGCAGCUAG